AUGUCCACGGACACUGACUGGACGGCACACGCGCACAUGGAGGCCAAUUUAUUACAGUCACUUACGCCGUACUUUUUUACUUUUUUUUUUCUUUUGCAUUUUUUUUUUUGUGUGUGUUUUGUCCGAUUGUUUUCAGGCAGUAAGGUUCUUAUUAUUAUUAUUAUUAUUAUUAUUGCCAUCCUUACAGCUACUAGGCGGUUGCGUCCGAUUGCGCUAAUGAGCCGUGAUGAGGAUGUGGCGAGUAGUGACGCCAUUCUAACGGUGUUGCAGCAUCUUCGCGGCAAUCCGGUGCUUAGGCAGUACCUGCACGGCCAUGAGGGUAGUUGCGGUCGCGACGGCAUGACGCUGAGCGCACCGAGGGCGAAGGGAGCAGUGACGGCUGAGGGAACGUUGCCGCGACGGGAGGAUCGGGAAUCCCUCGUGGCGUUUCAGGCACGGUGGAGCCGGGAGGAGGAGGACCGGCUGCAAAACUCAAUACAGGCACAGCGAGCCUUUCAGCAGGCACUACAGUCCCUGGCGACCUGCCGCGAAGUCCCUGGUGCAGUUACGGAAGGACGCAAGACGACAGUGGUUCCUUCGUCUUUUUCUGCUGCUUCUGUGGGGCGUGUGGUGUUCUCAUUUGAGCCGCAAGACGCAACGAGGACGGAGGAGAAGACUUCUGUGGAUGACAUACAGGAUGCAGCCUUGACGAUGCAAGAGAAGUUGGCCCUCAGGGAUCACACUAUUCAACGGCUGCAGAAAGAAUUAGAAGAAACACGUGCCAGGUAUGAGGCUGAUAUUGCUAGCAUGCGGGCAGCACACAUGCAGUCGAAACAAGAGACAGGGCGGGAGAUGGCGGAACUAAAGAUGCGACUGGCACAAUUGGCUCUUGCGGGGAAUUCGGCUACCAACGCAUGUGAGAACUCAGGAGAGUUCUUGGAGGCACUCGAGUUUAAGGAACGUUUGCUGCAGGAGAUGCAUGACGCGUUUGAGCAUGCGUCAGAGGAGUGGAAGAGCGACACCAUGCGUACGUUGGCCAGUUUGCGUUUGGCAGCAGAGGAUGAAGUUUGUGGUAUUGUUAGUAGAGCAGAACAACUUGUGGGAGAUCUGCAAAGGGCACUUGACGCAUUGACGACGCCUCGCAAUGACACCGCCGCUUCCUUCACUGCGGGAGUGGCGCGGCGUUUGUUGCAGGAUGAAGAGGGGCUGUUGUUGUCGAUGGAGACAAAACUCCGAGAACACGUGCGUAUGACGGUGAAAAAUGCCGUGCGGAGUCGUGUGAAGGACAUUCUUCGGCCACUUGUGGAACGUCAGCUGCUGAGUCACAGUGAGCUGCACGAUCCACGCCGCCUCAGUCCUCUUCACAUCGUUUCCUCCGUGCGCACGGCGAGAGGAGCAUUGUCCCCAACACCCUUGGCAUUAUCGACGUUACUGUCACCGAUACCGGCUGAAGGCCGCAGUGGGGAAGCGCCGGCAAUUUUUCAGCCGAUGACGUCACGACAGGAGCAACGAGCCCCGUCGCAGCACCGCGAAUUGUCUGCAGGAGGUGCUGCUGCGCCUGCGGUGCUGGAUGAGUUAUCGCGGGGCGUUAAGGCACAUGACAUUAACCGCCCGUCCGAUGGCAUCAGCAGGCCGUCGUGGCUGAACCGUUUCUGCCACUAA